AUGAACAGUGCGUCCACCACGCCUUCAACGCUCAAGGUCGAUGGUCACCAUCCGGGCCUGGCAUCCACUCAAAUCCAUUCUGCCCACUCACAAAAUCCGCUCCUACCCUCCAAAAAGCUUGCUGCUUUCGUUCGACGGACCAAGCCAAUUCCAGUCAAGUUCUACCGCGGCCGCACAAAGUCAGUAGAGCUGAAUCAGGUUCGCAGUGGCUUUUAUUUACUGACUAGCUCGUGGUUCCAUUUUUCAUUGGCAGAAUGUUUAGCAGAAUCUAUUCCGACCCCAGGGCUCAAGCCGGACCACCAAGAUAAAUCAAGUCCUGACAUAUCUCAAAACAAGAAAUACAAUCCGUUACCGAUCUUGAAGCAACAUGCUACCAACGUAGGAUAUGUUACUCGGAUCCUUGCCACCGACCCGAAGCAGAUAGCCAAGCUAGAACUCAAAAGAUGGCUGAAGAAGCAGGUGUUUGAUCGCACCCAACUUGAUGGUUUCGUGAAGGCGCUUCAGCAACCCGAUUGGUCCAGUGCAAUAGCCGUUAUCGACGGACUCUACGAUGGUCAUCAAUCUUGGAUCACCCAAGUGCCCUCAAGUUUCUUGGCAGAAUUAGCUAGCAAGACAAUCAGGAAUCAAAUCGAACUUGAUGAGCUAUUGACAGUACUUGGAUAUCGGAUCGCCGAGGAAGGCGAUGUCCUGGUGACCUCCCAACUACUAAACGGCGCUGUUCAGGCUAGUCUUUCCCUCGGAAACAUCGUCGUCUGUGGGGAAAUAGUCAAUUACGCCGCGUGUUUCUCAACUGAGAUUGCUCGAGUGGAGAUGGAAAAACAAUCGUGUCCAAGUACCCGUUCUGAAAACCUUCCUGCCCGCUCCUCACGGCCGCCUGACUCAACUCUUGCACUCAAGCCCCUACUGUCAGUCAUUGCCGGAUUGAUGAGCCAACCUGCCGCUCGCAACCGAACCCCAAUCUUCAGACUCUUAGGUCAACUCAUCAAGGCCUUGAUCAAUCUAUGUGGCAGCCUACCAUCAGCUCUAAAUCGACUCUCAAAGCCCAACAAACACCUUUUGUGUCGUGCAAUGAUCACCUCAAUCCUGUCUCCAGAAGGGCAUUCGAUAAAGCGUCAAGAAAUGGACCAAAUCCUAAAGCUCAAAUUGCCCCCUUCUACCCUGCGGCUGGCUAUGGUCGCAAUGAUCCACAUCGGCGAUCGAGAUCGGGCCACUGACAUCGAACACUUGCUCCGAAGAAGUCAGACGGAGCAAGAUAUACACGAUUCAAAGAUCGAACUCGACCUCGCGUUCCAUCAGGUCCGGAGAUGUAAACUGAGGGCCUACUCCAACUCGGAAAAACUCCACAAACGUUUUUUAUCCCAUCUCCCAUUCAUCGAAGGCCAGCCACUGGGGGCCUCUAUCCAAACUUACACCGCGUAUAUGUCAGCCCUAUUUCGCCACCACCUCCCGAAGAUGGCUUUACAGGUUUGGGAGCGGAUGAUAUCAAGAGGCGUCGUACCCGAUGCAGCUGCAAUUCAGGUGGCCAUGACAAUCCAUAUCGAUCUGAGUCGACCGGCAGAAGCUGUCCAGAUAUUCCACCAGUUUACCGCCUCCCACAAGAAGCUCUCACACGCUUCUACCCCUCCGGAUACUGGCCAAGCGGGUAAUACAGUAAAUCUCCAGAUUCUAUCUACCUACGCACGGGCCCUUGAUCUUUCAGGAAGAUAUUCAGAAGUUUAUAACCUUUGGAAAGAUUUCCAAAUGGAUUGGGAACUCGAACCUGAUACGCGAAUCUUCAGUACUCUGUUAUCUUCCGCAAGGAAGAUUACUCGGUACAGCAUGGCCCCAGUCUCCAAUGCCAUGUUGCCCUCAGCCGAUUCGGAUCCAUGUGCUCUGCGGCCAGUCGAAGAAGACUACUGGGAUGGCGAACCGGCGGGGACGUUUGCGAUCCGACUGUUCUGGACGAUCCUCUACGAGAAUUGGGCCUCGCUUGCUGAGACUGUUCGGGCUCCUGUACUCUCCGGAUCGAUGUGGAGCAGCGCACCGACGACGAUGCAUGUUCGACUGCUAGACACGCUGUGCGGGUUAAAGUCCUUGCCUAGUAUUCCGGCAACCCCUUCCAGAUCGUCUGACCUCCACGAUAAGUUUCGAAGCAAGGUGGCCGCGACAAUCAUGCCUUCGUUGGGAUACGAGACGAGAUGGACACGAAUCAUACCCAACCGGUCGAGUUUCAAAGAUAUGAUUGAAUUACUCGGCCUCCAUGAACAAUCCGGGCUAAUCCCGUUACUAUUGAGCUGGAUGAAAACCAUCGGGGUCAAACCGAAUCAAGAUCUAUUGAUCAGAGCUUACUACUGGGUCUACAAAUCUUCCGCUCCCACUCAUCGCCUCACCGGUCUCGACGAGUUCGUCAAGAAUUGGAUCCACGAACUCGAAGGCUAUGUCAUCCACGGCGAUUGUGAGGAGAGCGAGGAAGAGGAAGAGGGAGAAGAGCUGGUCAAGUGUUCGAGCAGUAGUAAUAAUGAUGAUCAGGAUGACGCCGGUCGCUAUAGGAACCGACAUCCUGAGAAAAAUAGAUCGGUAAAAUUGGUCAUUCCGACCGAAGAGAUGAUCCAAAACCACCAUGUGGAGGCCGUCAAAUGGUCGAAUAGAUUCUACUUUUCUAACGCUCGGAUGUGA